AAGGUGGUCAUGUAUAUAAACGACAAGGGCGUGGCGCUGUUCCUUUAUAUGAUUGUACUGAUCAAUAUUACAAUGAUUCUGCAAAAUCACUUCAAUUUUUGACAAGAUGGGUGGACAAUAUAUUAGAUACUAUUGAAAGAGAUAUCUAG